CUGGACGCAGAGAGCGUCCAGUCCCAUUCCCGUCCCAUUUUCCGUUCUUUUCCCGUUUCCCCGCGCUGUUCCCGGUCCCGUUCCCGCCAUGGCCGCCGCGCGAGCUCCGGCGGCGCGAGCCGGGGCCCGGCCCCCCGAGCCCCCCAAGGCCAAGCCCACCGAGGAGGGUGAUGGCCCCCCGGCCAAGAGAGCCCCGAUCUUCUACGGGAGCCUGGAGGAGAAGGAGAGGGAGAGACUGGCCAAGGGGGAGCCAGGGCUGCUGGGCAAGGAGGGCAUGAAGGCUGCCCUGGAGGCUGGGAACAUCAACAUCAGCAGUGGGGAGGUGUUUGACCUGGAGGACCACCUGAGCGAGCGCCAGGCCGAGGUGCUGGCGGAGUUCGAGCGGCGGAAGCGCGCGCGGCAGAUCAACGUGUCCACGGACGACGCCGAGGUCAAGGCCUGCCUGAGGGCCCUGGGGGAGCCCAUCACCCUCUUUGGAGAGGGGCCUGCAGAGCGCAGGGAGAGGUUGAGAAACAUCCUCUCAGUGGUUGGCACAGAUGCGUUAAAGAAGACCAGGAAAGAUGAUGACAGGUCAAAAAAGUCCAAAGAAGAGUAUCAGCAGACCUGGUACCACGAGGGCCCACGGAGUCUGAAAACAGCCAGGCUGUGGCUGGCAAACUACUCCCUGCCCAGGGCAGCAAAGCGGCUGGAGGAGGCCCGGCUGCUCAAGGAGAUUCCCGAGGCCACCAGGACAUCCCAGAGGCAGGAGCUGCACAAAUCCCUGCGGUCCCUCAAUAACUUCUGCAGCCAGAUUGGGGACGAUCGCCCGCUGUCCUACUGCCACUUCAGCCCCAACUCCAAGCUCCUGGCCACGGCCUGCUGGAGUGGGCUGUGCAAGCUCUGGUCUGUGCCCGACUGCAACCUGGUUCACACCUUGCGAGGGCACAGCACCAACGUGGGAGCAGUUGUGUUCCACCCCAAAGCCACCGUGUCCCUGGACAAGAAGGACGUCAGCCUGGCCUCGUGUGCUGCCGAUGGCUCUGUCAAACUCUGGAACCUGGAAAGUGAUGAGCCCAUGGCAGAUAUCGAAGGACACAGCAUGAGAGUGGCCCGUGUGAUGUGGCACCCGUCGGGGAGGUUCCUGGGCACCACCUGCUACGAUCACUCGUGGCGCCUGUGGGACCUGGAGGCCCAGGAGGAGAUCCUGCACCAGGAGGGGCACAGCAAGGGGGUCUAUGACAUCGCCUUCCACACUGACGGCUCCCUCGCCGGCACCGGUGGCCUGGAUGCCUUUGGCCGGGUGUGGGACCUGCGCACCGGGCGCUGCAUCAUGUUCCUGGAAGGUCACCUGAAGGAGAUCUACGGGAUUAACUUCUCCCCCAACGGGUACCACGUGGCCACGGGCAGCGGUGACAACACCUGCAAGGUGUGGGACCUGCGGCAGAGGAAGUGCAUCUACACCAUCCCUGCCCACCAGAACCUGGUCACCGGCGUCAGGUUUGAACCCAACCACGGGAACUUCCUGCUCACGGGCGCCUACGACAACACGGCCAAGAUCUGGACCCACCCUGGCUGGUCCCCUCUGAAGACACUGGCAGGGCACGAGGGGAAGGUGAUGGGCCUGGACAUCUCCCUGGAUGGGCAGCUCAUUGCCACCUGCUCCUACGACAGAACCUUCAAGCUGUGGACAGCUGAGUAGCUCAGAAGGGCUGGUUAUGAACUGGGUUAAUGGUUUUCAAUUGCUUUUUUAUAUUAAAAAAAAACAAAACAGGAAUCAGCAGUUCCAACAUGUGUCCAGCAGCAGCAGUCACAGCUGCUCUGGGGGUCAGGUGUGUUUGAAGCACCACUGUUGGCCAGGGCUUGGCUGGAGUCAGCUCUUGGGUGAUGUUUUCCCACUUUUAGGACUGGUUUUAUACUGCAGACACCACUUCCUGCUGUAACUUGGGAGAUGAUCCAUCUGCUUCCACCCUCCCUCCCAAGCCAGGCUCCCAGGUGGACACACAGGUGUCCCCCAGCCUGUGUUAAACAUCUGCAGUUCCCACAGAGCACCUCAGGGUUGGUGUGUGGCGCAGCCUCUGUUCCUGCCCUUCUGACCUUCCUGUUCCUGUUCCUUUGGUACACUCUGCCUGCAGGCUGGAGUUGCAUUUAGGGACAGGCAGAGGAGCUGUCAGAGGGGGAGGUGGUGCCCCCCUUCCCCUGCCUUGGCAGGAGUGUCUCUGGAUGGAGAUCUGCAUCCCCUUGGAUUCACUCACAGGAUAUGAGUGAAAAACGUCCCCCAAGGCCAGGGAGGUUUUUCUUUCCCUUGUACCACCUCGUGUCCCACUCCUUGGGCUGUCCCAUGGACUGGGAGUUGCAAAUCCCUGUGGGCAUCUCCUGUUUCAGUUCUGCUGUGUCUCACCCGAGGUGAUACAAAGGUCAUUCAGUGUAGGAUUGUCUUGUUCUACCUUGCCCUGUGGGGAGCUUUCCUACUUCUUGUUUGUUCUUUACAUUGAGGUUUUGCAAAUGUUUUGUCCUGGAAAAUCAAAACACGUUUUGGAUGUGCA